AUGAAUAAGACUCCGCCCUCGGCGCCGACUCCCACACUUGCUGUCGUGCGGUGUCGUGCUCCAAAUCGAUUCCAACUCCUCACUAUCCAAGCGCGCGCCCACUGCAAGCUUAACGAGAAGCUGCUGAAGGUUCGCCCGAAACAGCGAAUCAAGCCCCACCACCGCCCCCGAAACCAGCCCGAAGCUCGAUCACACGGCGUCUGCGACUGCCACCUCCGAGUGCCAAGCAUCUCGGAGGCCGAGUUGGGCUGUGAAAGGGGUGACGAGAAUAUUGUUUCGGGGGAAGACGUCGGGGAGAACGUCAGAGAAGCAAACAGAGAGGCGUCAUACACCCCACAGUCGGAUCAAAGUUGA